UCAUCUACACAAAUAGUUUACUUCUUGUAGAAGCUGCAGCUUUCGACAUAGUGUCAUUCAAUGAAGACCACGUCAAAAUGUGGCUAUUUUCGUGUGAAGAACAGUACUAUUUGACAAAAGAAUGCUAUCAGUACAUGAAAUCACCUAUGAAUGCUGACAGAACCUCUUGUGGGUACAGAAGUUAUCAAGUAGAUGUGUCCUUCACUGUAUGUGUGUUUGAACGGGAAUUAUGGUAAGUUGAAAGGUUUCCUCUAAGUGGAUUUAAUAUGUAUGUACACUGAUUGGCGCAGUAUAAUAUGGGUUAUGUGAAUUCAAUGUAUACAAGAAACCUCUAUUAAUAUUGUGCCAUUUUUUGCUUAGUUGACUGCUAGGUGUUUCUCGUUAUUGUUGCCAGUGCAGCGCAUUUGAGAAGGCAAUAACUCGUUUAAUUUACCUCAGUGUUUCACUUGGUGCAAUUAUCCAGUGUAUAGCAGUAAUAUACAUAUGGUUUGUGUUGAUUACGAGAAUUGAAUCUAGUUAGCUCUAUUAUUAUUAAACUAAUGUCUGACACUGUAAAUUUAAUACUGCAAUGUUUUUGAUCACCAAUAGUGGAAAUGAAUUGCUUCUGAAAUUUCCAUUUACCUGAAACAGUACAGAUGCAGUAUCACGAUUGAAUGUCUAGUUUGCAUUAUAUUUUAUUGUUAUCCUAAUCAACACAACAGGUCUGUGUAUCUUACAAUAUUUUAAGUGUUUUUCUAUGCUGUUAACACUGUGCAUAGUUGCUUAGAGUUGAGGCAUGUUCAGCUUAUAUUCAAUGACUACCGACUCCUAAAUAUGAGAAUGUAAUUCCUGUAGGAUUCAUGAAACUAUGCUCACUAGACAUUACUGAGAUUGUGGAUCAAUUUCUAAGCUGUACAUAUGCAAUACCUCAUUUAACGUAGACGUAUUUAGUGUGAAAUUGAUGAGAGAAUGUCUCAACAGUAUGGGUGUUUCAGAGUUUAUCUUGAAAUUUGCGUGUAAUCCUCUAAUGCUGGACAACUUAUGAGGUCUAUUUAUGCAUACGGCGUCAAUAUAAAGACCACCUGUGGACUACAAAUACUUUUAAUUGUAUGAGAACUUUACUUAGUAUUAAUAUAAUCAGUGUAUACUAAUAUAUAAAAUUAUCUUUCAUAAAUUCGUGUUGUGCUUCAUAUUUUAGGUGUAUGGAGGUUGUGGAAUGU